GUCAAAAUGCUCACGAAAUACCUCACCAGCGUGACAACGACCUUUUCGCCCUUCAACCCACGCUCCGGCAAGACUGCCCGCAACUUCCUCGCGCUACUCCCACCGAAUGCUCGAUCGACCAUGGCCAUCAGCAUCACCAUGCUGCCGAAGGCCCAAGCCGCAACACCCGCGAGUCUGGCGAUAAAAUUUAAAGAUGGAAAGGAAAUGCAACUGGAUCUGGAGAAGUUGAGGAUCAAGGAUAUCGAGACCGAGGUGGACCGGCAUUCGAGAUCGUUGAGGAGAGCGGAAGAUCUGGCUGGAAACUAGAUGCCCUGAGUUCAUGGAUUUGGACGGACAUCAGAAAUGAGCUGGAGCUGGAGUUGCAGGACAACGGCUUCGCGGUGCGGCAUGAUGGAGUGGAUCAUGAGGAGCAUUUGGAUGGACAAGGCUCACGAGUGACGAGGAGACUGGUCGGGAAGACAGAGGGAUUUGUCGAGAGGGCUCUUGAGAGGAAGCACAGCAGUAGUCAUGCUGUUAUGCCGGCGGGCUGGGCAUGCCUGGAGCGACAGCUACAACAUCGAGUCGAGGUGGUCUGGAUGCAAACACACAAGCUAGUGCAAAGCAAGCGCUUGGAGGAUAGCCUGUGUGAAGGUAUUCGUGCCAGAUAACUAGCACAUG